GUUAGAGGCCGUCGUCUGCUGCUGUUAUUCGGUUACAGUGGGAAGGAAAAUAUUGGUUGAAAUCCACUUUUACACACUCACGAACAACCAGUUUCGGUUGGAUUGUACUCUGCACCUUCCUUACAGCAAAGGCGUUUCGUUAAAAGAGUGAGUUGAGGCGUUUGUGAAAAGAUAACGAUCGCAAACCCGUUUGAAAGCUGUUUAUUUUUCUGUCAAAGAAAGUAGCACAGUCUGCUAGCGGUUUACACACAAUCAGUGAGCACAUAAACUCACACAUCAUCUCGCAUAAUCGCAUUCAGCGCAACUGUUCGCCACUGCACUGAUGAAAAGGCGUGUAAUGCAGCGUUUAAGGUGAAUGUAUUGAUCCUGGGGCUUGUUAUAUUUGUAGGCAGACCGGGACAGUGAGUCGAUUAGCGGCCCAUGCAGCAAUAAGGAGCCCGUGGUCCAUCAUCACAUCACUGGAGGAGGUAACCCCUCGCUCCCCCCCCUCCCCCCUCCCCCUCCCUUUUCCUCUCCUGUUUCCUAAGCUUCUCUGUCCCCCUGCCCCUCACAGUCAGCCCAGAGACCCUCUUUCUAAAGGCCUUUUAGGAACGUGGGUCUGUUCCGUCCCAUUCUCCAAGCCUCCAUCUGUCUUUGUAACUCCACCUGGCCAGUAGGGGGCUGACCACUCAUUGGACACCCCAAAACAUGUCCUCCAUCUUGCCUUUCACUCCGCCCGUGGUGAAGCGUCUGCUGGGCUGGAAGAAGUCAGCUAGCGGUUCGAGUGGAGCGGGCGGGGGCGGAGAGCAGAACGGCCAGGAGGAUAAAUGGUGCGAGAAGGCCGUCAAAAGCUUGGUGAAGAAGCUGAAGAAGACGGGCCAGCUGGACGAGCUGGAGAAAGCCAUCACCUCACAGAACUGCAACACCAAGUGUGUCACCAUCCCCAGCAAUUGCUCUGAAAUUUGGGGACUGAGUACACCAAAUACGAUAGAACAGUGGGAUACCUCAGGCCUUUACAGCUACCCUGACCAAACCAGAUCUCUGGACGGGCGUCUGCAGGUGUCUCACCGUAAAGGUCUGCCUCAUGUCAUCUACUGUCGCCUGUGGCGAUGGCCCGACCUGCACAGCCAUCACGAGCUGCGCGCCAUCGAGACCUGCGAGUACGCCUUCAACCUCAAAAAGGAUGAAGUGUGCGUCAACCCCUACCACUACCAACGAGUGGAGACGCCAGUUCUUCCUCCUGUUCUUGUGCCAAGACACACAGAGAUCUUGACUGAACUGCCUCCUCUGGACGACUACACCAACUCCAUUCCUGAAAACACCAACUUCCCCACAGGGAUCGAGCCCCCUAACAACUACAUACCAGAAACUCCUCCACCGGGAUAUAUCAGUGAGGAUGGGGAAGCCAGUGACCAGCAGAUGAAUCAAAGUAUGGACACAGGUUCUCCUGCGGAACUGUCACCGAGCACACUCUCACCUGUCAAUCAUGGCAUGGACCUGCAGCCAGUGACUUAUUCAGAGCCUGCAUUUUGGUGCUCCAUAGCUUACUAUGAACUUAACCAGCGAGUUGGAGAAACAUUCCACGCCUCUCAGCCUUCCCUUACUGUGGACGGCUUCACAGACCCCUCCAAUUCAGAGCGAUUCUGCCUGGGUCUCCUGUCCAAUGUCAACCGCAAUGCCACCGUGGAGAUGACCCGUAGACAUAUAGGACGAGGGGUCAGACUGUAUUAUAUUGGAGGGGAGGUGUUUGCUGAAUGUCUUAGUGACAGCGCCAUCUUCGUUCAGAGCCCUAACUGUAAUCAGAGGUAUGGCUGGCACCCGGCGACAGUCUGUAAAAUCCCCCCAGGCUGUAACCUGAAGAUCUUCAAUAACCAGGAGUUUGCAGCACUACUGGCUCAGUCAGUGAACCAGGGCUUUGAAGCUGUAUAUCAGUUGACCAGGAUGUGCACUAUUCGCAUGAGUUUUGUCAAAGGCUGGGGAGCCGAGUACAGACGGCAGACAGUCACGAGCACUCCCUGCUGGAUCGAGCUGCAUCUGAACGGUCCCCUUCAGUGGCUGGAUAAGGUUCUGACCCAGAUGGGCUCGCCCUCUGUACGCUGUUCCAGUAUGUCCUAAUCGCCAUGAAGACGCUCUAUCUCUCUACUGCCCCAAAAACGACUGAUUCUACAAUCACAUCAAAUGACAACUCAAAGAAUAACAGACAUACUAUUAGCCCCCCCCUUCAUAGUACUUGUGACCCUUUAUGUCUAUCUUGGCAUGCCCCGCCUCCCCCAAAAACACUGAUGUUCUCACCGUUCAGAAAUGAACACGGCACUUGCUGUCACAUCAGCUUCAUGCACCUUUUAAUUCUCUUGUUUUCUAUCCUAAAACCCCUCAAUAUUAAAUGUGUUAGUAGUAGAAUUUAAAAUGUAUAUUGGUUUUUAUUUUAUUCUAUUGUUUUGAGAAGGAGGGAUGGUGUGUGGAAGUUCUGAAAGGCAGAAUAUAACUUUACACACUUGUGUAGCAAUAAGGCUUUUCCCCCGUUAAAUAAUGAAGUGAAUACUCAGACUUUUAAUAAUCUGAAUUCGAUUGUUCAAGGAGGUAACUUUUUCUGGCAAAAAGUUGCAUACUUUAAUUUUAUUCAUGUGGAAUAAUUGUGUAAAGUAAAGUGUUAAGACUAAGUCAUGGUUCUCAACUUUGAUUCCUGAAAGUAAUGCCAAAAGAUAGCUUUAUUUUGAAGUGAAAUUGCCCCAAACCACUAUAUAAGAGUGUUGCCUUUGAUUUGAGAUAUGCUGCUGUAAGACGUGCUUCUUGUAUUCAGAUGCAAACUGAUAGGAAUGUUAAAAGGAAACCAAACAAAACAAAGACCCAUGUUUAAUUCUUACCUUCCUUUCUGUGAGGUUAAACCACCCUUCCUAUUUAACAUUUUAUUCACUGGGUGAAAUAUUCACUAGUUAGCUAUAGAGUGGUUUUGGAGUCUGGUUUCUUCAGAAAAAAAAAAAAAAAAAGUUUGUUUUAAGGAUGAGCAAAGACUUUCAAAGGUUAUUAAAACGGACUCAUGCAAUCAUAAUCUUGCAUAAAAAUAAAUAAAUAAAAAAAAAAACACGAAUCCAAGUGUUAGUAAACUAGGUUAUCCUUCACAAUUACAAGAUUUUUUUCCCCCUUUUUCUUUCUUAGCUACUUUUUGUAUUUUCAUGUAUUUUUAUAUAUAAAUAUAUUUAAGAUCUUUUAAAGCGCUCUUCCUUUUUAUUAGAAUUGAAUAUUUUUUUAGCUCACCCUCUUUUUAAAGGAACACGGCUUCAUAAUGAAAUGUUCGAUCAUACAAAACGUUACUAAGCAUGACGUUUUUAUAAGCACAUAUAUCUUUUCUUUUUUUCCGUUUCCAAUUCAAGCUGUUGUCCCGCUGAACACUUCGCCCAUAAAAGCCCCAGUCGAUCUGAAAUACAUUGGAAUUUUUACUUUAGUUGCUUUUCCUCUUAUUUUCACCCAUAAAAAAACAAUCUACUGUGUACUCCACCACCCCUCAAGGUUGUGGUUACCCGAAGGGGAAAUUCAGCCUAGCGUCAAAUACUACGAAAACAUCGUAGUGUUCUUUUGGUUUGCAGUUGGGAAAAAAGACUUCCAAACAGGUUGCUUUGACAGGGAGAACUGUGCAACUUUAGUGUGCGUGCUCGUUGUACAACUUUUUACUAAUGACUGUGAUAUAGCUGUCCGUUAUUCUUUACUUGUUGUGGCAGUGACCAGGCGUUUCAAAUAUCCAUUCCCCUCUUCCCACCUUCGUCUCCAUAUUUUCCUUCAUUGACUUUACUACUCUUGCGAUUGUACUUAAAAGUGCAUAUAGUGAAAAGAUGACGAAGAUGUUGUGGCCCGUAGUGGCCAUAAGACACUGGGAACAUUCUGCUUGCCAUUUUUGACUGGGUGUGGAAAGAAAACCAAAUAGACCUGAAAGUGGACCAGACAUAUAUGCAUAUAAAUGUGAAUAUAUAAUUUUAUUUGACUUUUUUUCUGUUAUUUCUUUUCUCCUUUUUUUGCAAAGCAUUUAACAGUUGGUGAGCUUGUUUUACUAUUAGAAAGAUGUAUUGGUAGGACGUGAACUUCAGGCGAUAAGCUUUUCAGGCGUGUUGCAUAUGCAGACUUCAUAAAUACACUAAUAAAAAGUUUUAAUUCUCAUGUUAA